AUGAAGUUCUUAUAAAAUUAUGGCAAUUUUAGAAAUAACGAAAUGAAAUUAAUAACACAAAAAAUUGCUUUAAUUUUGUUUGGUUCUCAGGUAUUUUAUUAAAUCAUAAAAGCAAAUUCUAUUUUAAUAAGUUAUGAUAAGAACAAUAGAAUUAUUUUGGUUGGAGAAGAAAUUUGA